UCUUAUUGUGGAAUGUCGUUUUCGCUGAGUGCUUUCCCGCAGGCUGUUCUUAGCGACGUCGCGGAGAUAGCUACAAUGGAAUUGACCGCAAUAGUGGCGAUAUGCCCGGGCGCCAUUAACAUUACGUCUUCUUCUCAAGGCGCUCGCCAUCCAGAUACCAUCCCCACGAGUUCGUGAUCAUCGACACGCGUGCUCCUCGGCGCACAACCAUUGAUCGUAUUCGGAUUCUCUCGCAGCGCAAUUGCACCAGUCACAGAUCUGCCGCCCGGACUGCGAUCCUCCCUGAGAAUCCCUUCAAAUAGUUACUCGGAAGGUAUGCACACAGGUCCAACAUCCCCUUCUCCCCUUCCCAUCCGCAUCGCAUAGACUUCAGAUUGUCUCUGACCCGCCACUCGAUGAUGCACAUCAGGACUCCAAGCGACACCACUUUUGAGUUCUACGCGAUCCGCGCGUCGGUGGCGCCACGCAGGCCACGGAUUGAGCUAUCGCCCCCUUCGGAAGCGUCCAGCGCUGUCGAUCCCAUUGCGCGACUCACUCGAGAGUGUGCUGCGCUCCGCCUGCGACUGGCCACAGCCGAGCGCCGACAACGACUCCGAUUCACCGGGUCCUUCACUGCGCCCUGCUCGCCACCAUCAGCGAUCCUUGACCUUGCUCUCGAAACGGCGUCCGCACACGGAAACGCUGCUCGCGAUCAGGUCCAGAUCGGAGUGAUGAAGCUGUCGGAGAGAUAUAGAGCAUUGGAGAAGACGAUGCGGGAGAUGCAGGAGAGUCUGAGGCUGAGAGAUAGGGAGAUCGAGGCGCUAAGGGAGGAGAGAGAUCGCUUAUUGAGGGAGAGGGAGCAGACGAAGGCAGAGAGGGACCAGGCGAAGAUCGAAUGCGAUCAAGAGAGGGUGAAGAACCAUAGCCUUACGAAGGAGAUCAAGCACCUCCAAGAACAUGUGCGCUGUCUCAAGCACGGCGGAGAAGACGGGAGCUAUCAUUAUCGCAGUCGGACACCGAGUCAUAGCCGGCGUGCAGCACGUAGGAGCGAAGCGCCUUCCCCAGUGCCCCAAGGGCCAAAUUCUCAUCCCAGCACAUUCCUUGAUGUGGAAGAAAUGGCACGGGUUAAGAGUAGGGACGUUUUCCUCACCAAGACAGACAACUGGUCUGGAGCGCAGGUGAUUCAAGCCAUCGACGACCUGAACGCCGAGAUCAACCAGUUCGCCGCGUCUGCAACGGAGUCGUGCACCUUCGCGAGGCGGAGGAUGCGGAAUCCUGUGGCAAGGGGGAACGCAGAUGCUGAUGAAGAGAGCGCUCCAUGGCUUGGUGAAGCCUUCGUGCGACUGCUUGAGGCGCGAGAUCAUGCACGAGAUCCUAUACUACUGCAGCUGGCGCUGCAAGCGAGUCUGGCUACAUGCUGUGCGAGAUCGCUUGCGUUAUUCUGUGUUGGCUUCCCUUCGAAGCUGGAUUCGCUCAUGUCGCGUGUCUUGACCUACAUGCACUCUAUUGGUGCGUUUUCAUUUCGUUUGACAGAGACUGUAGAGACUAGCGCUGAAUCAGGAGUUGUCGUUUGUAGAGCCCCAAGCGACUUCAGCUCGAUGGCGGGCGUUGACGCACCGUUCUAUACGGAUGCUCUAUCCCGGCCUGGAAGUAUACGCCGUCACAGAACUUGUAGCAACGAUGCUCCGAUGGUCCGCCACCGUAUUCUCGCUCGCAGGCGCCGAGCCCUCGUCCUCUCCCGGCGCGCAGCUUCGACGCAUUGCAGAAGCGGUGUACAGGCUCGCCCGAAUAACACGGGAGGAGAUCCUGUCAACUACCUUCGAGGUCGUACUGGUGGAUACUGGAGAGACGUUCGAGGCUACACGCAUGAUAGACAAGAUGUGCGAUUACGGAGAGCAUCCGGAUGCCGGUACGAAGCCGACGAGUAUCGUUAAGGGCCGAAAGGCUGCAGGUUUUGGCCGCAAAGUCUUGUGCACCACGGAACUGGGGCUGCGAUGCGUGACGCGGAAGGGGACCAAGUCUUCGCUUGAGGAGACACAGACAGAGGAAGGCGGAUUGUUUGACAGUAGGUUGCUUCUGCUGCCGAAAGUGGUCUUGAACUCGGUGCUGGAGGCAAUAGAGCGCGGAUAGCGCUUGCGCGAGUCCUGCUAGGCGUUCGGCGGUGAUCGUGGCUUCCGUUGGAGUUAUUAUCAUAUGGAAUUUUAUUCCUCAUUGAGCGUAAAUAUCGUACUGCUGAUGUGGUGUGAAUUAUUGGGUGCGGGCGCCAGCCUCACGGCGUGUAGUGCAUCGUUGUACUUCUGUAUGCAAGGGAUCGUCGUUGAACGUGACCAGUCGAUUGUGUUGUAGCAAAUGUUUCAAUAGCGGAGUCUUGAAUGAUGAUCACUAGGACGUCCGCUAACCUGCGCGUGUGC